GAAGUGCCAGUUGUUGUGAUUGUAGCCAGUUUGACAUUGGUACUGACUGCUGUACCCCAACAACACUGGAACCCAGUUACUGGUAUUUAAGCUACUUCAGUCCUUGAAUUAUCACAGUGUCUGGACUUGGCUGAUUCGAAAGCACAGCUAUGUGCAGCUGUGUGCGGAGCUCCAGGGCUCUGUCCCCUGUUCUGCUCCCCAGGCUGCUGCUUCCUCAGACGGGGUACAAAUUGGCCGGCAGGGGACUCUGGACCUCCCCGCACUGUAUGGCUGUCAGUGGAGACUCCCAGCUGCUCCCACUGCCCAGCCAGGCCCGCGUGGUGAUCUGUGGAGGAGGCAUUAUGGGAACAUCAGUAGCCUUCCACCUUGCCAAACUGGGCUGGACUGAUAUAGUGCUGCUGGAGCAGGGCAGGCUUGGUGCAGGAACAACCAGACUGUGUGCUGGCAUUGUCAGUGUGGCCAAGCCUAUUUCCAUAGAGUGUCAAAUGGCAAACUACUCCAAUAGUCUUUAUCUGCAGCUGGAGGAAGAGACUGGGAUCAAAACAGGUUAUGUGAAGACUGGAUCUCUGUGUCUGGCCCAAAAUCAGGAUCGCUUCCUCUCUCUGAAGCGCCUGGCAUCCCGGCUAAAGGUUAUGGGGAUCAGCUGUAACAUCAUUAAGCCCAAAGAGGUGGCCAAACUUCACCCUCUUGUUAACAUUCAUGACCUGGUGGGGGCGCUCCACCUCCCUGCAGACGCUGUAGUGUCUCCACCUGAUGUUAACCAUGCCCUGGCUGUGGCUGCAGCUGGAAGAGGGGUUCAGAUCCUGGAGCGAACCACUGUUCAGCAGGUUCUGGUGGAGAAGGGUCAGGUGACGGCGGUGGAGACUGAUCGUGGCUCCAUCGAGUGUGAAUAUUUUGUCAACUGUGCUGGACAGUGGGCUUACGAGCUGGGCCAGGCUAGUGAGACGAAGGUGUCGGUUCCUCUUCAUGGCUGUGAACACUUCUACCUCCUCACCAAACCUCUCCAGGAGCCACUUCCACCCAGCACGCCAGUGGUGAUGGAUAUGGACGGCAGGUUAUAUGCACGGCCAUGGCAGGGAGGCCUUCUAUCAGGGGGCUUCGAGAAGAACCCCAAACCCAUCUUUACUGAGGGACGCAACCAGCUGGAGAUCCAGAACAUGCAGGAGGACUGGGACCACUUUGAGCCAAUGCUCAGUGCUUUGCUGAGGAGAAUGCCGAGUCUUGAAUCAGCUGAGAUCCAUCAGCUAGUCAACUGUCCGGAGUCCUUCACCCCUGAUAUGCGCUGCCUGAUGGGGGAGACACCGGGUAUCUCUGGCUACUACGUGCUGGCAGGGAUGAACUCCUCUGGCCUGUCCUUUGCUGGAGGAGCUGGCAAGUACUUGGCAGAGUGGAUGACCUAUGGUUACCCCACUGCCAAUGUGUGGCCACUGGACAUCAAGCGCUUUGGCAACCUGCAGAGCAGCCGAACCUUCCUGCGACACAGAGUAAUGGAGGUCAUGCCCCUGCUGUAUGAACUAAAGGUUCCUCGCUGGGACUUUCAGACUGGGCGUCAGCUGCGCACCAGCCCUCUGUAUGACCGCCUGGACACCCAGGGAGCUCGCUGGAUGGAGAAACAUGGUUUUGAAAGGCCCAAAUACUUUGUUCCUCCAGGAAAAGAUUUGCUGUCUCUGGACCAGAGUAAGACCUUCUACAAGCCAGACUGGUUUGACAUUGUUGGAGAAGAAGUGAAAUGCUGCAAAGAAGCCGUCUGUGUCAUCGACAUGUCCUCCUUCACCAAGUUUGAACUGACUUCAACAAAAGACCAGGCCCUGGACCUGCUGCAACAUCUGUGUGCCAACGACCUGGAUGUUCCUGUUGGACAUAUCGUCCACACCGGCAUGCUGAAUGAGAGGGGAGGCUAUGAGAACGACUGCAGCGUGGCCCGCCUCAGCAAGAACAGCUUCUUCAUCGUCUCUCCGACAGACCAGCAGGUCCACUGUUGGUCCUGGAUAAAGAAACACAUGCCCAAUGACCCAGACCUGCACCUAGAGGAUGUCAGCUGGAAGUACACUGCUUUAAAUCUGAUUGGACCUCGUGCAAUGGAUGUUCUGGCUGAGCUGUCAUAUGUUUCCAUGACACCUGACCAUUUUCCCUCCAUGUUCUGUAAGGAGAUGAGUGUUGGCUAUGCCAAUGGGAUCCGAGUGAUGAGUAUGACUCACACUGGAGAACCAGGUUUCAUGCUCUACAUGCCUAUAGAGUAUGCACUGCAUGUGUACAACGAGGUGAUGUCAGUGGGUCAGAAGUAUGGGAUUCGUAACUCCGGGUACUACGCGCUGCGCAGCCUACGCAUAGAGAAAUUCUUUGCCUUCUGGGGUCAGGACCUUGACGCUUUCACCACCCCGCUGGAGUGUGGACGGGAGUUCAGGGUUAAAUUUGACAAGGACACAGACUUCCUUGGUCGUGAGGCCUUGCUGCAGCAGCGUCAGGACGGUCCGUCUCGGCGAUUUGUCAUGCUGGUUCUAGAGGACCACGACACUGAGCUGGACCUGUGGCCGUGGUGGGGCGAGCCCAUCUACCGUAACGGUCAGCUAGCUGGGACGACCACCAGCAGCGCCUACAGCUACACGCUGGAGCGCCACGUCUGCCUUGGCUUCGUGUCUCCGCCGCCAGGCCCAGAGGGGCUCCCCACACCCAUCACCCCAGACUUCAUCAACCGUGGGGACUAUGAGGUGGACAUUGCUGGCCAGCGCUACCCAGCCAAAGCCAAACUCUACCCCUUCAGCUCCCUCUUCACCCAGCAAAAACGCCGCAAGGAAGACAUGGAGUUAAGCAACCUCCAGGCGAAGUGAUGCAGAGUAAUAGAAAAUGGAAGGCCUCGCUUUUGCCUAAGAAGGGGCUUCUGUGACACUCCUUCAGUUUUUUUAAUCCACUCCUGCACUUACCUGGCAGUGCCAAUCUACAUCGUCCCCUUUCUAGUUCCUAAUCCGAGGGCUGUAUGCACAAUCGCUAUUUGUCUAUCUAGUAUUUAACUUCCACGCUGCAUCUCCCUCUUUUGAAAGUGCAAUAUUUAGGAGGCACCAAAUGCUUGAGCUGUAUCAAAUACAGCAAUACAACAAUACACCUGUGUCAAAUCAAAUUCUGCCCGGCUUCACACUCAGACACGUUCCACGGUUAACUGGAGCGCUCUAUGGUUAAGUGCCUUGGUCAAGGCAACAUCAACACUAUGUGUUGAGGACUCUUUCACGUAGUUUACUGUAACCACCCAGAAGGGAUUUAGACAGACUAUCUUCUCCAGUAGUGUUCCAGAUUUGACACCGCACAGUCUGGAAGAGUUUGAAAGAAAUUCAAUGCUAAUGUGCAAAAUGCCUACACAGUCAACACAGUUGUUGACAUCAAUGUCAUUUUACAAAUUAAAAAUUUUCUGCUGUAAAAAAUAUGCACAAUGUGAUCUAGAGAGCAAUGUGGCCUAAGUCAGAUACUGUCCACUACUAUCAUUGUCACUACAUUAUCGUCCCCAGUCAGGGGGAAUAAUCAGGAAGCCUGAUAUCAUCAUUAGUAAACCAUUGUUUACACCUCUUCCAGUCCUGUUUAAAAGGCUUCCCGGGCUCUCCUUAAAGCCUAAAAGUAAAGCAAAAUGACCUUUUCCCCAUUGAUUGUGUCUUUAUAAUCUGCUGUCUUUAUUCUGCUGUGUCGAGCUUGCGGUAAUGUAUUUACGGUAAUUGUUAUUUAUGUUUUGCUUUAUGUUAUGUAUCACCCUUGUCGUUUUGAAGCAGCCUUGCUCGUUUGAUGCUCACGUUUUGUUAGAUUGAUGUGUGUUGUUGAAUGUGUGGCUGAUGUUUAGGUGAAGUCAGGAUGGGAAAGCUGGGGCUGUCUGUAUUCCAAACAUGUUGGUUUGAGUCCACAAUAUCUUCCAUUGGCGAUAUGAUUUUUGCCUGAUCCAGAGUUACGAUGUUUGUGUAAAGGAAGGACUUCAUUGCGAUCUGAAAUAAAGCAAUGUAUUUUUGUAUAGCUAGUGUGUAUAAAAUCUCUAUUUUCAGUACUGCACCUUUUUUCUAGUCAAUCAGCUUUAAGUCAUAUCAGCUGUAUAUGAAUCAUCGAUACUUUGGUCAGUUGUUUCAUUCUUGCAGUUGUCCCUCUGAUGAUGCAUUAUUUCACAUGCUUUCUGUACAUGUAAAAGUCAUUUGUCAGCAACGGCUUGAUGUUUUCCUACAUUUGCAUUAGUAUACACCUUUAGUCAUUUGGCCCUCUUGUCCUCUUUCAGAGCUACAGAUGAGCUGGUCUGGAGCUGGUAGGGAGUCUCUUCAGCAGUGCUGUUGUGAAGAACAAUGUUACCACAAGAACGGCAGUUGAAUGUUGAAUUCAUCCUGCCAAUGGUUCAAAUGGCUAUAUGGUUGAGCAAAACCUCUCUGUUGUGCAGUACUGGUGCUCUGAUAUGCCGCUUCCUCAUAAUUUCAUAUACAAAUUUGGAUGCAGAUUGUUUCACUCUUAUGUCCAGCAUUUAGUAAUUGAGUGUGCGUGUUAAAAUGAAAGGGAUCAUGAAAGCAGGACAGGGAACCCACUGUUAGAACUCCCAGUGAUUGAUAGACCCAUAUCUCUAGACACCGACUAAAUCGGUUUUACAAUCUUGUUUAAAAGUGUUUUGUUUUUUUUGUGAAUCAAAAAAGUGCAAAAUGGUGAUCAGAGUAACAAAAGGCUUAUUUAUAGUGUAUCUCUAACUCUUUGUCUACCUGUCAUGUAUAUGGUUGG